CCUUUGAGCGACAGAAUCCGACCAAAUCCGUAUAACGUUUAAGCAGUCCCUUGUACGCAGACUUAUUGUGAAACAUUUGUGGAUAAAACGCUGCUGUUCAUUGUAUGAAUACUCCUGUGUUGGACUGUUGCGGAGGCUUGAACAGCCUGGACUACUGCAAGGUGAACAUGGUGCUGAUGGAGGAGGUACUUGAACACAUUGACGUGUUUGACCCCAGGUUCUGUGUCGCAGUCAUCGCCAUAUUCUUCAACCCCUUCUUCUGGAAUGUGGUUGCACGAUGGGAACACCGCACACAGGGUCUUACCAGGCUGUUUGGUAGUUCUUACCUGGCCUGCUACAGCCUAGGCUUUCUGAUCAUUCUGCUUAAUGUCUACCGCAGCCACAGUAUAACAGUGGUGAUGAAGAACCAGGCACAGUGGGAGGUGAUGGCCAGGCCAGAGGUCUUCUACGUGGGUAUAGCUCUCAUGGUGCUGGGUACUCUACUGGUGGUCAGCAGUUUCCUGGCUCUAGGAUUCACAGGCACUUUUCUUGGUGACUACUUUGGUAUUCUUAUGGAUAAGAAGUUGACAGGCUUUCCCUUCAGCCUGAUGGAGAAUCCCAUGUACUGGGGCAGCACUGCCAAUUACCUCGGCCUGGCGCUCAUUGGUGCCAGCCCGGUGGGACUGCUCCUGACCGCUGUGGUCGCCGUCUCUUACAAGGUGGCUGUUGUGUUUGAAGGACCUUUCACUGAGGACAUCUAUAGAGAGAGAAGUCUGCGCUGCAAGCACAAAUGAUUCCCAUUCCACACGCCUCCAGCUCCGGGUUGGGCCAAGGACUCAUGCAUCGUCAUGUGGACAGACUGCAGACAGACAGACAGACCGACUACCAGACAACCUGGAUCAAUAAACCCCUCAGGAUGAGGACUGAAACCAAUGGACAGGAACAGGAAGAGGGGAUGGUUGAAAUAGACCUGUGGUUCACUGCUUCUUCUUGGAGGGGGGUAAAACGGAUGAGUCACCCUGAGGUUCCUAUACUUUCCUCACAUCCUGCUGAACAUGUACAUCUUUCCAAAGUGUAAAAGUGUUCAAAUGUCUGACUGCUGCGAUGUCACUGAGCAUUUGUACAUGCAGACUAAUAACCCCACCGUAAAGCAUUUAUUCUGUACAAACAAGCAUAUAUACAUAUAUAUAUAUAUGUGUGUGUGUGUGUGUGUGUGUGUGUAUAUAUACAUAUAUACUGUCUCAGGGUACGGUCAACAUUGGAAGAAUCAUAAUACAAAGAAACCACCUGGAUUUUUGCACCUUGAUCUUUCAGUUUGUUAGCGCAUUAAAAAACACUGGGUCGACUUUCUUUCAGUUUUUUGAAACUCCACCUGACUGGUCAGCCAGCAGCUAAUGGAUAACUGUUUUAACAAGUUUCUCCUGAUUUCUGCAAGUCAGAUAU